AAAAUGUCAAAACAUUUUAGUAAGAAAAUCUCUAUGAGAAAUCCCAAAGGCAAGGCUGAGUUUAAAUGAAAUUGCUGCCAGAUCAAGUUUUCUACAAGAUACAGUAUGGAAAGACACAUGAGACUGAAGAAUAAUAGGAUUAAGAACUACGAAUGCCAAUACUGAGGUUUGGAGUGAGGUGGAGCUAUUUUCUUGGAGAAGCAUCUUAAUGCCCAUACUGAGAUCUUUAAAUUCAAGUGAGACCAGUGAGAUAAAAGAUUCAAAGACCAGAAGAGGCUUAAUUGUCAUGUUCCUCACUGAAACAAGUUCAAGGAAAUGGCGCAGAGAAUGAAUAUUGCUCACCCUGCUCCAAAAAGUUAUAAUAUAACCUCCUCCAAACUAGACUGCUCUGAAGGUGCUUUUGCUUCCAAAAGGAUUCAUUCUCACUACAUUGAUGCAUCAAGAAAGGAUACCUCUGUGGAGAGUUCUAAUGAGGCAAUUGAUCAUAGUUUGGCGAAUAAUAGUGCUUCUGAGAAAAGCUACAACCUCUCUGAUGUAACCCCAUACAAUAGCGAUCUCAACCGUACGGUCGAGAAGAUAAUGGAUGUCAGUCAUGAAGGAAUCACUGAUAGAGUAGGUGGAAGGAGCCCAGUCCUCAGUCUUAAUGACAUCUCUGAUAUCUUUAACAAGAAAAAUAAAGAGACUGAAAUCGUUCAAAAUUUGGUAAAGAUUCAAAAACCUGUAGCCACUAAGCCAAAGAUCUCAUCAAGAAAAGGAUCAUGCUGGAGCGAAAUAUCUUCUAAGCCAAAGCCAGAUACUUGUUCAGUCUCUACUCAGACUGAAGAUCUUACUCAAGAGCACUGAGUUUGCUGGAGCAAGGAAUUGUUCAAUUCUUAUUUAUACUAUCUAUCACAGUCAGUGUACCAGCUUUCUGCCAGCAUUCAAGUAGGAAGGGCUUAUAACUAUUAAUU